UUGUCUUUACGUUCCGGGUUUUUGUUUCUUUUGUGAUUUAGGGAUGUAGGCUACUUUUUAUAUCUGGAGCUCGAGAUAGCCAUUAUGAAGCAUUUCAUAUGGUGAUUUUUUUUAAGUUUGCAUUUUAGUCAUCUUUAUUUCUCAAGAUGUCUGUCGCUGGCGCAGAGAGUCGAAUAAAACAAGCUAGGAAAAUCCAAGAUGAAGAACUCCUGAAGUUUUGCGCCCAGAUUUCCAAUCUUCUCAACAACCAGGAUUAUGGAACUGAGACCCUUGAUUCACUACAAAAACUUUAUCUUAUUAUUGCUGUUACAAAGUACAGCCGAAAGUUGACAAAAGAAGGUAUUGAGAAGCUGGAGAGUACUCUGUGUUGGCCUAAAACUACAGAACAGAUUCAGACUCUCUGUGCUGCCAUUCUACGAGAAAUAUCACCUUGUGACCAUCUUACCCUGUCAGUUAGUGAUUGCCUUGACACAAAAGUGCUCAGUCUUGUGUUUUCUGUGUUGCUUGCUCAGGGAAAUCGAAAAGAUGAGGUUCAUUCUGUUGGCCAGCGUGUGGUAAAGCUUCUUGAAUCUCGCCUGCCUGAGGGUCAGAGUUUGCGCUACCUAUUUCCAGUGCUGUCUAAAGUCAUCAAAUUAUCCCCAGCCAUCUUGAAUGAAGACCAGGUCAACAUGAUUAACAAGAAGUUUGUGGACUGGCUUCGAUAUGCAAGUGUACAGCAAGGAGUGCUGGUAUCCAGUGGUGGCUUUUUUUCUGGUUCUAGAACAAGGCAGCCUGGUCCAAUAAAUGAGGUGGAUGGUGCAGUAGCAGCAGAUUUCUUCACAGUGCUAUCAAUUGGUAAUUAUUACACAGAGGAUCAGUGGAUGAAUGUCCAUGUUUUUUCCAUGUUGAGGAAAUGGUUGCUGUGCUAUGGCAGUGAUGUCAUUACUGGUGAUGAUGCAGACAUCAAAUCAGAAUCUGAGGGAUCUGUCAUGUCCAUGGUGUCCGCUGCAUCUACAUCCAGCCGCCUUUUGCCUCCCAAGGAGCGUUUGCGAGAGAAAGCUUUAGAAUAUUGUCUGCGUCUGAUUGAGCAAAGUGACAGAAAGGCCGUUAAGAAAUUGGAUUCUGAUCUCCAGAAGGCUUGCUUGAUUGAGGCUGUCUACUUGAUGGAUAUUAUUUGCCAGCAAGAUUCUUCCUUUGUCUACCGAGCCUUCUCUUGUCUAAAGGCCUUGUACAGUAGGAUCUGUGGAGAUUUUGCAUUUGCUAGAGUCAUCCUGCCUAUUGCACAGUUCUUCCUUAGACACAGUGAGAUGGCUGCUGUGGAGUCUGAAGCUGUUUACCGCCAUUUGUUUACGAAAUUGCCACCUGAAUUGUUUCAUGAUUCCAUGUUUGCCUUUGAGUUUGUUCAGUUUUGUAGGGAGAAUGAGAAGCUCCUUGGUGAGACCGUAUCUAACUUCAGGCAGAACUUUCCCAACCUGCUGAAGUUCCUGGCAUGGCAUAGCCCAGCCCUGAUUGCUGAAUUUGUGGAACUCCUUCCUGCUCUGAUUGUUCCAGAGACUGCUAUUGAGAUGCUGCAUUCACUGCUUGACUUGCCAUGUAUGACAGCAGUCCUUGAUGUACAACUAAGGUCUCAAUCUACUCCUUUUAAUGAGAAGGCCCCAGUGGAUCACAACUUAAAACCAUCUAGCUCAUUGGAAGCCUUUCGCCACCCUUACUACAGGAGCAUGUUCCUUUACAUUCUUCGUGGGGAAUCGGGAGCUGGAGAUACCAUUGAUAGGCUUAAUUUACUUCAUGAGGUCCUCCUGGACAUGGUGAACCACUCUAGGAUUCUGCAGUGUGCACAGACUGUCCCAAUUCUGCUACAGGUCUAUUUCAAUGUGGUGUCAGAGUUUGCAGAUGGGACACUAAUAAACCAGUUGGUACUGGUUUUACUUGAGAGGAGCAGUCUGCUGUUCAACAUUAAAGCCUUCAAGACUGAAGUUCACAGAGUAUUCAGUUCCCAACUAUUGGUUUUGUGCAAGCUACAUCCUUUUGUAAUUGUGGAGCAAUCUAAGGAGUUACUGGAGUUUUGUGGCACUGUCACCAAUAUCCAGAGCAAGGAAAACUUCUUCACUCAUAUUGUCUGGGCCAUAGGCGAGUACCUGUCUGUUGCCUAUAAUGAUAAGUGCACUGUAGAAAUAAUUACCAGGUUUUUCGAAGCUCUUGAAGCUCUUCUGUUUGAAAUUACACAGCUGCGCCCAUCUGCUAGUGUCCCCAGGCAUCACCCUCGUGUCAUCACUGUAUUAAUGACAACUCUGUCCAAGCUUGCAUCUCGGAGCCAGGAUCUCAUUCCCAGGGUGUCUUUGUUUUUAUCCAAGAUAAGACCAUUUGCACGGAGUUCAGCUGUGGCUUCCACAUAUGCUGAAGAGGACAUUGAAGAGCUGCUGAGUCGUGCCAGUGAGCUGAUGAACCUUUUAAAUCUUCCCAGUAUUGCUCAGUUUGUGCUGGCACCAUCUGCAGAACAUGCCAACCCCAGGUACCACCGGGACACCAAUGUUUCACUACCUCUUGCUAUGAGGACUAUGACUAAAUUGCUCCAAAGAGGUACAAACUCUGUACCUGGAUGAAUACAGCAUUUUCAAAAAUUAGAAGAAAAUAAAUUUGUUAAGAAUCAUGUCACAAGCAGAUAAAAAUGUAUCAUUUGUGUUGAUAAAAUGAUCAUGAUAGUGGACAGGAUUACUAAUUUUGUAUGCAGUCAAGAUUUGCAUAAAUUUUUCCUUAAGAAACAUAACCUGCCAAGCUACUGCCAUUAAGCACUGCAGCACAAAGAUUCUUGAUUAUAUUUAUGCUUAAAAAAUCAGUGUCUGUUAAGUCAAUAGCUAGGUCAAUCACUUAUCAAAAAUAGUUCACAUUGUCAUUUCUUCCAUUGUCUUGUGAUUGCUCACUGAAUUAUGGCACUUCUCUUUUCAAGUAAUUUUUAGUGUGAAUGUUCAAUGGUCUAAUUCUGAAUGUAAAAGCUGUUACAAGGUCCUGCAUUCUGACAAUAACACAAAAGGUCUUGAUUACCAUAGAAAACUGCAGAAUGUAAUUUUAGGUGAAUUAAUGCAAUUUUGAUGACUGGGUGCAGUUUGCUUGCUCUUCAGUGACUCAGAGUUAGGUCUGACAUGCCAAACAGGAUAUCUAGGGUGAAUGAGUAUACACUAAUAUAAACUGAUUUUUUUUCUAAAUUAUACUAUAAUGUUUUCACUGUCUCACACCCAUAAAUGAUCCUUUGUCUCAAUGCAUUCAUGAGGUUAGGAAAAUAAAGUAAAAUUAAAAUAAA